AAUAGUACCUUUUAAAAUCUAACCUUAUGGUGUCACAUCAUAUUCAAUCUUUUGCAGUUAAUUAAGGAUCAUGCUUUUCCAUCGUGUACCACACGCACUUAUCAUGCGUGUGCUUAAACCUCAAACCUCAAAACAACAUCAACAACAACAUUCAACAGCAACAUCAUCAACAACAAAGACUAUGUUCCUUUGAAGAGUGUUCUAUUCUGUUCUGUUCUUUUCAAGCAUUUUCUUUGAUGGGUAGGCUUGCACCAUUAUCAGAAGAACCUUUCAAUGAAGAAAAUGAAAGAAGAAACAAUAACUCAAAGAAAGGUUUCCAGUUAUGGAUGAACUGGAAUUGGAUCAAGACCCAUUUUUCUUUUGUUUUCAACAAGAAAUCUAACCUCAAGAUGCUUCUUAGUGUUCUUGGUUGUCCACUUUUUCCUGUUCCUGUUCAUACCAAAUUACCCCUUAAUGAGGUUUCGUCAUCGGCGCAGUAUAUUAUACAACACUUUACAGCUGCAACAGGGUGUAGGAAGUUAGAAGGGACAGUGAAGAAUGUGUUUGUUACUGGAAAAGUGACAAUGGUUGUUGUGGAUGAGCUUGGAUCCGUCGGUGGUGGGAGUGUUAAUGGAGUUUCAGAAAAAGGGUGUUUUGUGAUGUGGCAGAUGGUUCCUGAUAAUUGGCAGAUAGAGAUUGUUGUUGGUGGCCAAAAGGUUCUUGCUGGUAGUAAUGGCACUAUUGCUUGGCGUCACACACCUUGGCUCGGCGUGCACGCGGCUAAAGGUGGUGUCCGUCCUCUUCGCCGCGCACUUCAGGGACUAGACCCUUUAGCAGUAUCAUCUGUAUUCAGUGCAGCACAACACAUGGGAGAGAAACAAAUCAACGGCGUGGAUUGUUUCGUACUAAAACUCUCGGCCGAUCAAAAAGACCUAGUCGAACGAAGCGACAACACGGCCGAGAUGAUCAAGCAUGCUAUAUUUGGUUAUUUUAGUCAAAGAAGUGGACUUUUAGUGUACUUGGAGGACUCUUACCUGACAAGGAUUCAAGCAAUAGGGACAAACCCUACAUAUUGGGAAACAUCAAUGUCUACAAAAAUCGAAGACUAUAGAGAUGUUGACGGUGUUAUGAUCGCACAUUCUGGAUCGACGACCGUGAUGAUAACAAGGUUUGGUGAUAAUCUUAAGGAUGGACCGGCGAUUACUAAGUUGGAAGAAUCAUGGAGUAUUGAUGAUGUUGCAUUCAAUGUUCAAGGGUUGUCUAUUGAUUGUUUCUUGCCACCUCAAGAACUUAACAAAGAUUGUCCACAGCAACAUCUUGAUUGGAAAUCAUCCUUGCAUUAGCGGCGGUGCAUCAGGAUACUCGAUUUAUAUGAGAAAAAAAUACUAAUUGUUACUUAAUACUUAACAGAUAUAAUGAAUGUUUUUGUAAUUGUAACAGUACUAACCCAUACAUUCUGGGCAUAGUAUAUGUAAACUUGAUUUUGAGUUUGUUGUGAGCUAUGAGAUGAAUGCUGAUAAGAAAUUGAAGUAUUCAUCAAUUAGAAAGUUAUUGAAACCAUUAUCCAGGGUGAAAGAACACUUAUACAUUGUUGUUUUGCAUCAUAAUAGUGUUAUUGUUUGGUGAAA